AUGCAUUUCUCCAAGAUUGCCAUCUCUCUUGGUCUCCUGGCCACCGCCGCAAGUGCCGCUCCCAGCUUCUUCAAGGAGCGCUCUCCCAUCGUUGUACGAGAGAUAAUCGACCUCGGCGUUACCAACGACGGUUUCGAGGAUCUCGAAAAGCGUGGAAAGAGCAACUACAUUUCCAGCUGCGGUUCCAAUUGGAUGCCCAUUGAGGAUGACAAGAGCAAGAGCCACUCCGGCUACCGGUCUGCCGUCGAGCAGUAUUGCUACCAUGUCACCCAUAGCCAGGACGGGCUGCCAACUGUCAUCGGCGCGGGACAGAAGCACGCGGCGAUUGUCAAGAACGGAUACUACCUCAAAGGGGACGUUCCUGCCGCUGUGGACUUUGAAAUCCACAACAAGAUGAAGGAUGGAGAUCAUACCCCCAACCAGGCUGACUGCGAAACAUACCUCAUGAAGAUGGCCGAUCCCAGCUCCAGCUGCUACGGCAGCAAGAACAAGGACACCAAGGGCGGCACUUGGCAGAUUGGCAGCGAUGAUGUUAGCUACCACGCUCUUCCCAAGCCCAAUGCUACCUAG